GGGAAAGCCCUCUUCUCGCUUGUGUCGAUGCCGUUAUUUUUGCGGCGAUUGCUCUCAUUUCGUCUCUGCCCUUGUUUCUUCUGAAUCCCCUUGCAGGUCAGGAUCCAGAGAGGCUUGUUCGCUUCACAUCCAGCUCUUCUUUUUGUGGGUAAUCACCAUGUCGACCGUCAUGCAGAAAAUCAAGGAUAUCGAAGAUGAGAUGGCAAGGACUCAAAAGAACAAAGCAACUGCUCACCAUUUGGGUCUCCUUAAGGCAAAAUUGGCUAAGUUGCGACGAGAAAUUCUGGCGCCACCGUCUUCCAAAGGUGGAGGAGCAGGCGAAGGUUUUGAUGUCACUAAAAGUGGAGAUUCACGAGUUGGGCUUGUUGGUUUUCCAUCUGUUGGCAAAUCUACCCUUCUCAACAAGCUCACAGGAACCUUUUCUGAGGUUGCUUCCUACGAGUUUACAACAUUGACAUGCGUUCCAGGUGUUAUCAAAUACCGAGGAUCCAAAAUACAGCUGCUAGAUCUUCCUGGAAUUAUUGAAGGUGCGAAAGAUGGGAAAGGUCGUGGUCGGCAGGUCAUCAGUACUGCCCGAACGUGCAACUGUAUAUUGAUCGUCUUGGAUGCCAUUAAACCUAUUACCCACAAACGGCUGAUUGAGAAAGAGCUGGAAGGCUUUGGCAUCAGAUUAAACAAGGAACCCCCAAAUAUGGGUUUCAGAAGGAAAGACAAAGGUGGAAUCAAUUUUACAUCAACCGUCGCUAAUACUCAUCUGGAUCUGGAAACGGUCAAGGCUAUAUGUGGGGAGUACAAGAUUCACAAUGCAGACAUAUCCCUGCGAUUUGAUGCCACCGCAGAUGAUUUGAUUGACGUGAUUGAAGGGAACCGUAUCUACAUGCCGUGCAUUUAUGUUGUCAACAAGAUCGAUCAAAUUACUGUUGAAGAGCUUGAAGUGCUUGACAGAUUACCCCACUACUGUCCAAUCAGUGCCCAUCUUGAGUGGAACCUGGAUGGACUCUUGGACAAGAUUUGGGAAUACUUGAAUCUUAUCCGAGUAUACACCAAACCCAAGGGCAACAGCCCCGAUUAUGAAGACCCUGUCAUCCUGUCAGCCAACAAGUGUACAGUUGAGGAUUUUUGUGAACGCAUCCACAAAGAUAUGGUGAAGCAGUUCAAGUUUGCUUUGGUGUGGGGUUCAAGCGCAAAACACAAGCCACAGAGAGUGGGAAAGGAACAUACUUUGGAGGACGAGGACGUUGUCCAGAUUAUUAAAAAAGUGUGACAUCUUAUGGCUGCUGAAGGAUGGGUCAUUCAAUACUUGUUCGGUUCGUCAUAGAGGUUUUAGAAGAUUCUCAGAUGUUUGACGGUGAGUGAUCUGCCAUCCAAGAUCAAGUUUCUCUACUUCAAGCUAGUUGACCGAUGCUCUAAUAAUUUAAGUACAAAGUGUGCACCAGUUGCUGCUUUUGGAGUUUGAGGAAUGGAUCUUUAGCAAGAGCGUUGUGUAAAGAUGGCAUCCAGGGUCAGUUCAGAUCAUCAAUCCAGAAAUCAUCAAGUUCUGGUCUGAUCCGAUGGAGUAUGGCAUUACCUAAACUUAAGAUAGAUGGGCUGGUAGAUGAUUUCGGGUUUUAGAUCAGAAAAGGUGUCAAUCGACUCCUCAGAGUUCCAGAUUUGAUUACAAUUAGUUGCUCGGUGUGGGUUUGUGGCUAUUCAACGGGUAUUAGUCAAGCAAGAGGGUUAUGGUAAAUUGGAUGGCAAGGCCUCCGUAGCUUCGUCACCCUAGAAUUUUGCAGCUUAAGUGAAACUCGCAUGGAAGAGUUGGUUCAAUAGAACAAGGAUGGUGCUUUCAGGAGAAAGAUGCUUGCAUUGUUUCUGAGAAAACCUUAUAUUGAUGUUGAUCAUCAGCUAAACGUUAUGUCGCUAUUGGGUUUGUACGUUGCGUUCUUCUUCAGUCAGAAGUAACAAUCCGUAUCAGCCUUCUAAGAAAUAUAUGAAGCUCCUUAUUGUAUUUGUAUGACAA